CUAACUUGCAAGCUGGUCAAAUUUCCUGCAGCAACACUUUUCUGAAUAAAAUGCACGAUGGAAAUUUCCAGAGAGAAAUGCAUACAUCUGGGGAGAAAUUCCAAUAAUAAUAUGGAUACUAAUGAAAAAAGGUGUAACUCCUCAGAGGUCGGUGAAAAUAAUCUUUCAGUGCAUUGUAUUAAGGGAUAUUUUUUUCAUCAAGGCAUAUAUUGAGGGAGCCCAUACGAGAACUGCUAUGAGAACCUGGUGUGAAAAGUAAUGCAAGAAAACGAGGAAUGGAGGCAAAGGGGAUGUGCAGCGCCCCUUCUUCGAUGUCGCGGGGCUCGUGGCGUUGUCCCAGCCCACGUCUCCGCAUCGCCGCGUGCGGAGGAAGACCCGCUCAUCCUGCUACGAUGACUGUCUCUUUUCUCUUCCGCAGGCACGUGCUGAGAACACAGGGCAGUCCCUGGCUCCUUGCAUGGUCCUCGCCAGGAAAUAUUCCUUCAAUGCGCAAAUACCAGCUCAGUUGGGAAAGGAAGCAGCCAGGAGGCAAAUGCCAAGCUCUGUUUGUCUUUGACAUGCAAAUAAACCACAAAACACAGUUCUCCGUGGUCUUCCUCAUUUCUUUCCUGCAGACGGCAAUGGAUGGACCUACAGCCCCUUCCCUUGCCCGGGCUGCUGGCUGACCCUGGCCUCUCCCACGGGGUUGACCAGCUCCUUUGCUCGCUCACGCGUGCUUGGCUGGGCACUGCUUGGGGACUGUUGGCACCAGCCCAGCAGUUGCCCGCCUUUCCACCAGUAAACAAAACAAGGCCCAAAGGUGUCUGUCUGCCCAUCAUUAGUCUCAAAAGAAAUAAAGCACCCUAACCCGCAGAGGGCCAAGUUUUCGUACAGCCUCUUCCCUCCCCUUUGAGUAAAUCCCCCCCUUGCUGUCCUAGCCAGCCACAAAGAGCUUUUCCCAGGCAGGCGCUCUUCACUCCUAUUUCUGAGGAGCAGAAAGUGCUGCUUUGGGAGAUGGUCCUCAACAGCCAAUGGUUUGCAAUUGAGCCACAAAAUCUGGCAACUGGCAAGACGGUUGAGAAGUCGUUACGUUGCCUGAUGGAUUGCUUUAUAGAUUAAUGCAUAAAAUUACUCUGUUUGGACAAGAAAGGUGAGAUCAGGAGGUCAGACUUGCCUUUCCCAAUGAGAGCCACAUUUUGCAUUCCAGUUUCCAUUGAAAACACGGAACUGGCUGGGUCCAGUGCCCCUUAAAGCUGCCAUAAACUGAUGCCCCAUUUCACAACCGUGUGCUGCUCUCCUGCCAUCUUGAGAGAAAUGGGACGCCUGUCUUUUGCAAACGGUGGAAAUAGGGCUGAAAAAGGGGCCAGGACCUGAGUGGCCCCUUUGGGGGCACUUGUUUCCUCACCUGUGCCCGGGCACCUGCUGGGCCAUGAGUGGCCGGGGGGGGGGAGACUCCUCGAGUCAGAGCUGUACCUGUUCUUUCUGGAGCCAGGCUGGCUGAGGACGAGGGCAGCCAGGGAAAACAGCCCGUCUUGCGUAAGUCUUUCCGGCUCUCCCAGUGGCUUUCAGGCAUGUUUCUUUUAUUUAUUUAUCUAUCAUAUUUACAAAGCCCCCCAUCUCACACAAGGUGACUCUGGGCGGCGUACAACAAUUGAAUGUUUCCUCUUAUCCAUGCUGUAUCUUUACACCUUUGCUCUGCCUUUAACUCACACGUGGUUCACAACACCCACCGCCACCUUUGUGCCACUUUUAACUCAUGUGUGGUUCACACUGCAUGAGAACGGUCAGAAGCAGACCAAGGAGGUGGCCUCGCGCAUCCGGCUCUUCCCCGGUCUCGGGUACAGAAAGGCUGGACUUUUCAAAAGACAAAAUCUGCGCCCAAAGAACUUCUCCAGCGGCCUCUGCCAGGGGCCCAAAGGAUGCAUCUCCUGGCUGUUUCCCAGGCGGUUAUCAUGGCUCUCCCAUUUUGGCUGCCAGAAACAAGCAGCAGCGUGUUCCCAAAUUGGGACAGAAAUCAGAGCUUUCCUUCAUGGGAUUUACAGCACCCGACAAGACCUUCUCCUUGCCCUGCUGCUUUUAAUCUUUCAGCCAUGUUGUCAGCAAAGUUAUCGUGUGGUUAUUUCACUUGCCGCACGCGUGUUCCCAAAUUUGAAGUCUGGCAGCUGGUAAGAGUCCUUAUUUAAAAAAAAUGGAAAAGGAGCCGGGAACUUGAUUGAUCUAAAUCUGAGAAAAUGUCCCAAGAGGAAAGAGAAGCUGUGGCUAAGUUUCUGUACAAUGAAGAUUGCAAAACCUUGCAGAACAAGUUUAGUCCUUACCAAAGUUUGCAUAAUUUUUCAGUUUGAUCAUGAUAACAACGCUGGCCAUUGCACUAUUGGUUCCUUAUUCUGAAUUAAAAAUCGGGUUCUGCAGACGAACAACCAGCAGGAAAAGAGGACCACUUGGAGACAUCCCGCUGUUGUAAUAAUCCGAUUUUUCCACUGUGGCUUUGCUUUGAAGCAGAUGAGCGUGUCUCCCUCCAGAAACAAAGAAAUGCCCACGAGCAGCUGAACCGACAGGCAUGUGCCCUGAGCAACAAGGAAGCGGUUUGCACUGUUGCAACUGUUGACUUUGGAGCCCCUGCUUAAAAAGGGGAAAGCCGCAGCCAGCACAUCUGAAGGCUGAGGGACUCGGCAGGCUGCGGGCAGAGCCAAGGUGCCACGAUGCGGAGUGCUGGCAAGCAAGCGGGUCUCUUCCUGCUCUGCCUGAUGACCGCGACCUACGGAGGGGCGCCGGAGCCAUCUUGCCCAGAAGCAAAGGUGGUGGGCCUGGGGGACACCGAGAAGAUCGCCAUCCUCCGGGGAUGUCCAGGCUUACCUGGAGCAGCAGGCUCCAAGGGGGCCUCAGGUGUUCCCGGGGCCAAAGGCGAAAAAGGCCUGCAGGGAAUCCCUGGGAAAAUUGGACCCCCCGGGCUGAAAGGAAAUAAAGGCGACCCGGGUGACAAAGGAGAAGUUGACGAGAAGGAGCUGAAGGCUCUUCAGUGCCAGCGAGGCGCUCGAAACUGCAAAGAGCUCUUGGCCAAGGGGGUGGUCCUGAGCGGCUGGUACACCAUCUACCCCAAGGACUGCCAGCCCCUGCAGGUGCUGUGCGACAUGGACACCGAGGGAGGCGGAUGGAUUGUGUUCCAAAGGCGUUCGGACGGCUCGGUGGAUUUUUACCGGGACUGGGCUUCCUACAAGAGAGGGUUUGGAAGCCAACUCACAGAAUUCUGGCUGGGAAACGACAAUAUUCAUCUGUUGACCUCUCUGGGAGAGAAUGAACUGCGUGUUGACCUCACCGAUUUCGAGAAUCAACAUUCCUUCGCCAAAUACGCAUCCUUCCGGGUAGCGGGGGAAAUCGACCAGUAUCGGCUGGCCCUGGGCACCUUCAGCGGGGGCCCUGCAGGCGACUCGCUCUCCAACCACAACAGCAUGCCGUUCUCCACCCGAGACAAGCAGCAGGACCCCCAGAACUCCAAAUGCGCUGAGGUGUACAAAGGGGCUUGGUGGUACAACAACUGCCACCUCUCCAACCUCAACGGAAAAUACUGGCUCGGAGAACACAAGUCUUUUGCCGACGGCAUCAACUGGCAAACCUGGAGAGGCUACAACUACUCCUACAAGCGCUCAGAAAUGAAGAUCAGGCCUCUGGUCUAGGCAGCGCCUUCAUC